CGGCUUUUAAAGCGAUACCUACAGCUUCGCUCGCGCCGCACGCCUGCAUGCUCCAGUAUUCAAUUCAGUCCGUUGGCAGUCAACGUUACAUCAGGCAAACAUUUCAUCAGACAAAGAAGCUACAGGCGCCCGAUAAAAAUGGCGAAUACAGAGGGAAGUAAACUUUGGGGGGGUCGUUUCGUGGGAGACACCGAUCCUAUCAUGGAGAAGUUCAACGCAUCCAUCGCUUAUGACCAGAGGAUGUGGGAUGCUGACAUCCGUGGGAGCAAGGCUUAUGUGAAAGCUCUGGAGAAGGCGAAGCUGGUCACCACGGAUGAGAUGAACCAAACUUUGCACGGUCUGGAUCAGAUUUCUGAGGAGUGGUCCAGAGGUGUUUUUGUGAUCAAACCUGGAGAUGAAGACAUUCACACUGCCAAUGAGCGCAGGCUAAAGGAGCUGAUUGCUGUACCUGCAGGGAAGCUGCACACUGGCAGGAGCAGAAACGACCAGGUCGUGACUGACAUGAGGCUGUGGCUGCGAGAUGCCAUCUCAACCCUGACAGAUAAUGCCCUGCAGCUGAUAUCUACCAUGGUGGAGCGGGCAGCAGCAGAAAUUGACGUCCUGUUUCCUGGUUAUACCCACAUGCAGCGAGCUCAACCAAUCAGAUGGAGCCACUGGAUUCUAAGUCAUGCUGUUGCACUGAGCAGAGAUGUGGAUCAACUUCAAGAGGUCAAGAAAAGAGUUAAUGUUUUACCCCUUGGCAGUGGUGCCAUUGCUGGGACACCAUUUGACAUUGACAGGGAGCUGCUGCGGACAGAGUUGAACUUUGCUGACAUCAGUCUAAAUAGCAUGGAUGCCACAGGCCAAAGGGACUUUGUUGUGGAGUUCCUGUUCUGGGCUUCAUUGUGUUUGACCCAUCUCAGUAAGAUGGCUGAGGACCUGAUGCUGUACAGCACCAAAGAGUUCUCCUUCGUCGCCCUCUCUGAUGCCUACAGUACAGGCAGCAGUCUGAUGCCCCAGAAGAAGAAUGCUGACAGCCUGGAGCUCAUCAGGAGUAAAGCAGGCCGUGUCUUUGGCAGAUGUGCAGGGUUCAUGAUGACACUGAAGGGCCUGCCCAGCACCUACAACAAAGACCUGCAGGAGGAUAAGGAGGCCAUGUUUGACUGUUAUGAUACUGUUCACGCUGUGCUACAGGUGACAACUGGAGUCAUGUCAACUCUCAAGAUUAACCAGAGUGUGAUGGAAGCCGCCCUCAGUCCUGACAUGUUGGCUACUGACUUGGCCUACUACCUUGUGAGGAAGGGGGUGCCUUUCAGAGAGGCCCAUGGCCUCUCAGGUAAAGCUGUGUUCACAGCUGAAUCCAGAAAUAUCGCCCUGAAUCAGCUCACUGUGGACGACCUGAGUGCUGUUAGCCCUCUGUUUGGAAGUGACGUGUCCUCAGUGUGGGACUACAGGAGCAGUGUGGAGCAGUAUAGCGCCCCUGGAGGAACGGCCAAGAGUAGUGUUGCUGCACAGGUGGAACACCUGAGGAACUGGCUUAAGAAACGGGCACAGUGACCUCAACAUAAUUUCACCAUAAAAUUUUGAAUCAGGUUUACUGCCACAAUUAAGAUUCGUUUGAAAUGUCAGAUCGAGGUCAAAGUGACCUAUAUAUGACUUGAAAUUAUCCUGACGAGGGAGUCCCUGGUGCGGGGAAAUCUGAUCUUAUCUCAUCUAAAGCCAUUCAAAAAGUGUUUUACAGCCUGAUCCAAGUCUGACACCACAAAGGCAUCUGAGACAAUUAACUUCCACACAGAAUCUAGAUGGUGGUGUUAAAUUGCACAGAUUGGUUUGGGACAUUACACGUCUGCCUGAAAUUACAGCUCAAACACAAAGUAAAUAAUGUGAGGGACAGGCAAUUUUUAAACAAAGGUUUUCGGUAUCUUUUUUUCGGAUGUUUAUACAGAAAUCUGAAAAAAAUGUUUAAGAAACACAAACAAUCAGUGAUCAGAUUUUAUUGACAUUGAAUCAAUCAGUAUUAUUUGUGAAAAGCCCAAUCAGAGCAUUUCUAAGUGAAAUAAUUAAAAGUCACAUUAGUAAUCCUAAAAGAGUUAAAAUAAAUUCACUUACUCUCCAGUUUGAAUUUCAUUAAUGUUGACAAUAUAUACAAAGCAAUGCAUUAGGCACUUAGAGGGUCAUAUCAUAAGCAGGAAUAGAAAAGAAGCUCUUGCUCAGGUAGACAAUCACAGAUAUUUACUGUAUUUACUGUACAUUUAGAACUCAUUUGGUUUCCCAACUAAUAAACACGUGUACAGUACAUGUAGAAAAUGCCUCAAUCCUCUUAUCUUGCCUCUACUGCUUCUUCCAUCCUCAGCAGGUAACUCAGAUGGGGAAAAAAUGGAAACCUCUAAUUCUACACUUUUUAUAAAUCACACUUCUGUCGCAC